GGAUUAAUAAAUCAAGAUUCUAUAUAGGUAAUUUUAAAGUUAGGUAGAUAAUCCGUGGACAAAAAUUCCCGAGCCGUACGUCAAAUUUUUCGCUCUCGUUUCAUUGUUCGUUGUAGAGAAUUUUGUUUCAGAUCGACAGCCAGUAAUCUGCCAUUUUUCUUUUGCGGUGUUCGUUGACUCCCGUUCCAUAGAUUACCCAUUUCCCAUUUCUUCGAUAUGUACAUAGAAGUUCGGUGUGCGUCGUUUUUCUCGUUCGCAAGGAAUUUCUAAUAGUAGUCUUCGCGCGAUAUAAAAGAAAAGCAAGAGACUUUGCACACGUGAACGAACCAACCAUGUACAUUUGUUAACUCGGCGAGAAAAGGGAUCUCGGGGAGCUCGUUCUAAUUAAUUUACACCGCAAGUUCGUUCGUUUAGAGUUGAAAUUCUUUCAUUUUCCGUUGCGUGUACUUAAUUAAGCUCGAUAAUGAUUCUCGAUUACCUGCCGUAACCGUGAACACAGUCUCAACUCGGUGCGACACGUUCCGUCCGCGACUAUCACUGCUGCGUCCACAAAGUUUCAAAGUUCCAGCACAAAUGGUCCGCUCAAGAGGAGUGAAAACGCGUUCGAGCAUCAGGUAAAUUAAACAAAAAAUUGUACGCUAUCAAUUCAAAAUCGUGGCGAAUGAAUCGGGGAGGUUAACGAGACGUCAGUUAAAACUCGCAUAGCGGCUAGAUUCAUUUCGUUUAUAAAAUUAAUUAAUUAAUUGUCUAUAAAAAUAUUUUUCGCCUACUUUUGUUCAAACAACGUUGUAAUAUAAAAGACGCUGACGCAUAAUUCUAGACUGUAAACUAGAGAUCACAGAUACACUUGUACGUUGAAAUCGUUGAGCAGACGUUGAGGGAAGCGAGAAGAGAACGGAAAGAUCGUUUCUUAAUCCGGGGUUAGGUGGAUCAUGCACCCCACAGCCGCACGAGCUAAUCGAUCGUCUAUACAAUCUUCGAUUCCGUCCACAUCAGCCCCCACGUCCCUUCUACACCCGCAGCAGCAACAAAUUAUUUACGGUCCUAUCGCUAAUCCAACGUUAACGCUUCAGCCGUGCGGAACUAGUUUGCAUCCCUCGUGUAUUUACCCAGGAGCUCAACGCAACGCUGCCCCGACCAAUCCUGUCCCUUCGCACGUACAAGGCAAAAGCAGCAGAUGGCCACCCAAGAGUAAACUCGUUCGCAACCAGCAAUACUGCCAACAACAACAGCAGCAGCAGCAGCAGCAGCAACAACAACAUAUUCAACAGCAGUUAUCUUAUAACCCGAAGCCGUUGGUUCUAUACGAUCAAACGACGAACAAUGUCCCACCGCCGGCGCCUGCAGCUUCGUUUUUAAUCGCGUCUUCGACGUACACGCACGGCACCUUUCCCGGUGAUCAAUACAACAAUUCCGGAGUUGCGUUGAUACCGCAGCCUUACUUCAAACCACCGGACGUGCAGACGUUCUGCCUGGUUCAAGACCGACAGAACAUCUCGCAGCAACCGGAACAGUCCCACGGCUCGUAUUAUAACGCGACGAACGCCUGCUUGCAGCCAGUCAACGGUAACUCGUUUCAGUUCCCAAACUUGAAUCCUUAUACCACGGCGACUUUUAAUAAUCAAAUCACCGGCCCAGUUCAACCGGUCCACAAUCAAAUCUUCUCGAAUCCACCGGCGAGCAGUUUGGUUUACAGCAGUCUACAAAACGAUAAACCCGUGGCGACCAAUAUCGAUGCACCAGUGAAAUCCUCGCCCGUCAAAAACAAACCACCAGCGAGUUCUCAGAUUGGUAGCGAUAAUUUCAACGAAUGGUCGUCGCAGACCAUUGCCUCUUCUAGCAAUUUGUUUAAACCGAACGCGGACGAUGAGAACCAGGAAACCGUUACAAAUUCGUUGGAGAAGAUUGCGUCGAACGCUUCUAACAAGACCCAAGACGAACAUUAUUCAGACGAAUCUUCGGCCAGCUUCGAUUUCACCAUCGAAGCCGAGAAGAUGGUCUCGGCGCUUUGCAACACAUCUUCGAACGACAUUAGCAAAGAAGAAACGAAGAACGACAAGUCGAACUCCACGCCGUUGUUCAGCGGGGCCGGCGAUACCGCGUCCAACAAGAACACUUGGUUCACGGAAUUCUGCUCGGAUUAUGGUACCGGUACGUCCGUCGCGAUUCAAACGGACGGACCUUGUACGGACAGGGCGCAGUAUCCAGAGAUGUUGCGGAAAGUCGUUUACUGGGGAUGCACCGAAGCGGAGAUCGUUUUGAACAACGGUUCGAAAACGAAUCCCAGAUGCGGUUGGCUGACGAACCUCUCAGCCGCGACCAGAACCGCUAUCACUAAAUCGUCCACCUGUUUCCCGAUCUUCGCCGGCGAUCGUGUCUUCAUCAGCGACUUGAUAAACGCGUUGCUGCGUAUCAGCAACGGUUGGCUGAUAUUAGACAAUUACUUGAACAAACAACAUUAUCCAAAUUUGAACGAGAAAUUCGACUGCGAGCUGGUUAGAUGUUUCCGGCUGUGGGAAGAGAGCACUCACGAGCUGUUGAAUCAAGUGGUGCACACGUUCUUGAAGCUCGAGGAGAACAGCGAUGGCUCGAGUUCUGAACAGAAACCAGAAUCAUUCGGAACCUCUUUUCCAGGUGACGUUUCAGUGUACACGAACCGCGAUUUGUUCGAUCCGUCCGCGAAUUCGAAGCAGAAGGAUAAUAAAAAGAAUAGUCAGGAGAAUCCUUUGGGAGCUGGAGGGACAUUGAAAAAUGUUUGCCUGUACCAGGAGAAGCAGAAAGAGUCGAAGCUGCGAAGUAAGUGGACCGUUACCGAGAACCUAUCGAUAGAUAGCACGAAAUCCGUGCCUGAUAUGUUCUCAGGGCACGCUGAACCCGGCCAACCGAACAGUAGAUUUCGUACGCGAGGCUGCACCACGACCAACGCGAAGGACAGCUCGGCGCAGUCGUUGAACGCAGAAUUUUUUCACCUGAGAAGCAAAGUUCUCAUCGAGAACAACCAAGAGAACAGACAGUGGUUCAAGGAGAAGAAGCAGGAGUUCGCAGAGAACAAGCAGGAGAGAGAUAACGACGUGUUUCGAAUGCAGAGGCUCGACGAAAGUUGCGAGAGCAAUUGCGGGCACAAGUGUUUAUCCAGGAUGGAAUCGUCGUUCCUGAAUCCUUCUAUCAGUUUGGAAUCGAUGUACUUCCCUUCUGGUAACGAUCAAGAUAGUUUCUAUCCCAGUUACGUCUGUCCCCCAUACGCGAUGGACGCGACGUAUGGUAACAAGAAUCUGAAAGGGUACGAUCAGAACAAAACGAACAUGGAUCUGGUGUACGUUGGCAAGUCGUCGACUGGUCAAUUAGAGCUGGCGGCCGUGCCAAAAGAUAAAAUGAUGUUGCUUAGUCAGAUCGAACCGAGCAUCCCGGAGAAGUCGUCCGAAGAGAUGACUGCAAAUUUGUCUGCCUGGUUCGCCAGCAUGCGGAGCACUGACAAUCGACAAAUGUCAUUCAUCAAUCUAGCCGAUGGGAACACGGAAACAGCCGUACCGCGAACCUCGCGUACAGAGAUUGCAAAGAACACGAUGGACCUCGGUAACUGUAUCCGACAGUUGCAAAUCGAUGCGAACCGUCAAUUCCAAACGUUGCAGAAUAUGCAGAAUGUUCAGGCUGUGCCUUGGAACGCGUAUAAUUUGAUCAACAAUCGAGUUCAAGUGCAACAGGUGCCCGAAGAGUACGAUAGUUCCGAGGAUGUUCGAGUGUACAUGAAACCAGGAAGUUACAACGUUCCCAAGAAGAGGCAUCAGCGGAGGUCUAAUCGCCGCCUGGAGAACGCGUCUCGGAACGUUGCCAACAGUUCCGCUAAUCACCGUGGCCAUUACGCUAAUAAAGAAAAAUCUUAUGGUCCCGCAUCGUCCACACCUGUUUCUCGACCCUCUGUGCCCUCCGUCCCUGUAGCCAGCGUUAAUAAUUCCACGAACACCAUGAAAUUGCCUUUCCCCGCGACUCCCAUUGUACCACCGCCAGCAUUCUCACUUGAGAGUUCACCGAGGAUUUUGAAACGAUCCGACGCGUCGAAUUAUACUACGUCCGAGGACGUUACUUGGAAGGCUGCCUGCGCUUCGGCCGAAAUCUUGUUGGAAGCGUUAAACGUGAAAGAAGACGCAAUGUUCAAGAGGAAGGAAGUCCGCGAAGACAUUAAAGAAGAUGAUAACAGAGAUGCGGCCUCUCAAACUGCGCAGGAUCAGGAUAAAUUGGACGAGAGUUUCAAGCAUUUGAAAGAUAACAACGAUUGCGACGGUGUUUCAAGUUACGAAGCGUCCGAGGAUGACUCCGGUUCUACUAAUCAUUUUUCACCGAACACGAGCAUCAACGAAGUGUCACAGUCCUCUGGUAAUAAAAAUGGUUCCAGUAAAAUGAACGUAAAAACGGACUCGUGGUUAAUCAAAACUUUGAACAACGCCAACAUGGCAAAUAAGCAGAAGCGACGAAAAAGCAAUACCGUUCGCAGCUCGGAAUCGUCGAACAGUUCCGUGACGGAGAACGAACAACCAUUACCGCCGGUCGUAUCGCUGGUGACCAACAGCACCGUAACCACGGUGGCGACCACGACGACAGUGAAGAAUCUCCAGCAAACCGUGUGCUCGAGGAAAAACUCGUGCAUUUCGUUGAACAACGAUCGAACGUCCGAAGAGACGGAACGUGUCGUUGGGAAAGCCACUUACUCCGAGACCGUACGACGCUGCUCCUCUUUAAGUACAUCCUUCACGGAGAAGAAAGAAUACUGCAAGAAAGGCAAACUGAACAUCGCGAACGUAUCGACGAUUUGCAGCACCGUCGUGCCGAUACCUGGACGAAAGUGUCAGAGAAAGGAUUUCGAAAAAUCGUAUUACUUGUUGCAUAACAGAUCCCGCAGGUGUUCCGGUAAGAGGAUGGCGAAGAGCUGCGACGACUCCCAACCGGAAGGGAGGUCCGCGGUCAAACACGGGAAAGACAGAGAGAAUUCCGUCGAGUUCUUGGACGGGAAGUUCGGCGGGAAGACCAGCGACAGGGGCUGGUCCGUGUGGUACAGUUCGAAAAAGAAACAGAGCCUCAGCCCGCUCGCGCUCAGCAAAUUGGAAAUGAUACAUCAGACCGUUUGGCAGAUGGAGGAGGCUGAAAUUUUCAAAUGCCCGUCGAAUAAUAGUAGCAGCCAAGCGUCUACGCGCACGAUCGAAGAUUAUUACAAAGUGAUUAAAAGUCCGAUGUUCUUGGAAACCGUUGAAUACAAACUGAAGAACCGGGUCUAUCACAAGGUGGAACACGUGGUCAGAGAUUUCCGUCGCAUCGUCUAUAAUUCAAAAUUGUAUCAUAAGGACGAUCACGAUCGAGUAAAAGUAAUUGAAACGCUGUCGAGAAAACUGGAGGAUCUGUUCGAGGAGCAUUUCGCUAGCUGGGACUUGGAUAAUGUUAGCGGCAGUCCAAGGGAAGGUUCGCCAGUGGUGCAUCGAUUUAAGACUGAACGGCACAAACCGGUGACUGGACGUUACUGCAAGAAAGCCCCGUCCUCUUCGGUAAUGGAAAACGUAUAGUAACGCGCAUUUCACGUUGAACGACGAAGUUACGCGUCUUAACUCAACUUAUGUUAUUAUUAGAUUAACGGAUAACAUUGAAUUUAUGUAAAACUGUUAGAUUCGAAAUCAAGUAUACCUGUAAGAAUCAAUCGUAAUCGUACGCUCUAGUCAUGCAUCAGUUAAGUAAGCGUUCCACGAUUCUGUUUUUCUUCUUUAUCACGAUUUGCGUCCGUUAAAAACAUUAUUCAAGUUCGUUCUCCAAAGCUUGGUCUUUCGACACACACGCCCGUAUAAAAUAUCUUAAAUGCGUGACAAACGAUAGUUCUUUUUAUAUCUCUGAUAUUAUAGAAAAAAAAAAUAGUAGUACACUAAUUACUUAAUAAUGGUUUCCCAGCAGCACUCAAUAUUGCAGCAACGUUGCGACAAUAUUGUACUGCAAUAUUGAGUGCUGUUGGGGCUAUCAUUAAAAAAAGAAACGAUUCGAUUGAAAUAUCAUAAGGAUAAAGCGAUCAUCUAUUUGUACAAACAUGAAAUAGAAAACGAGAAAAGUAUAAUAAUAUCAAAUUGUAA